CCGAUAAGUUCCUGUUUCGGCUCCUCAGUCAGUACAGGCUUCACUGACAAUACCAGCGGACCUCUCCAUCUCGCUUCCAUCACGUUCCGUCAGCUUUUUGGCUCUUUUUACUUGUUCAACGUUUCAAAAACAGACUCCGAUACAAGUUGGAUUAUCUUCAAGUGUGACUGGACUCUUUGAAGGGGCCGUUAGGUGUAAACGGGCUCCAGUUUACAAGAUGGAAUCGGCACCUCUGGGAACAUCGUAAAGACUGACAGACAGGACAGCGUACUUCCCACAGUGGCAGAUUCCUCAGUGGCAGUGUCGCGCACAUCCUUGCUGUUUCCCAUGGAUCUCAGGGUGGGAGAGCGGGGGAUGCGCCCUGGUUCGGACACGGUGCUCCUCACCCCGCUGCACCCGCCUUUACACCUUUCACCAUUCUCCCCACAACCUCGCAGCUCCUUCUCCCAACAACAGCUUCACCAGCAAAUCCGGUUUAAUAUGGAACAAAGGAGGCGAGAGCACGAACAUCACGAGAAACAACAAGAGUUGCAGCAGCUAAAGCACAAAGACAAGAGUCAACAGAGCGCGGUGGCAAGUUCCUUAGUGAAACAGAAACUCCAGGAGGUGAUUCUUAAGAAGCAGAAAAAGGCUGAGCUGGAAAGAACAAACGCUAACUCUCUGACUGCACCUCCUGUCCAAUACAGAAAGCUGGGCCCUGACCCUAGCAUACCCACUCUUGUUUCCUCUUCAACGCAGCCCCCUCAUGAGGGUCCAGAGGGCACGCCGCUGCGCAGAGCAGCGUCGGAGCCUAAUCUGAAGGUGAAAAACAAGCUGAAGAAACACCUGAAUACCCGCAAGAGUCCGCUCACCCGCAAAGACAGUGCCCCACCCACUGUCAAGCACAGAGUUCCUGAUACACUGGACUCGUCCCCGAGCAGCAGCAGCACUCCAGUCUCUGGCUGUAGCUCUCCUAACGACAGUCUGCCUAAUGAGAAUGGACUGCUGCCAUCUGCAGGCGGCCUCUCACAUGAGGCCCAGAAACUGCUGCUCAGAGAUGGUACUCUAGCUAACUUCACCAUCCAGAGUCCCUCCACCCUGCCCACCAUCACACUGGGACUACCAGCUAACUCGAGGACUGAAGGAGAGCUGUCCUCGCUGAAGGUCAGCCGAGUACCCGUGGUCACUGCCGGCGGCUCUUCAGUGUUCCUCCCCCUCAGCAGAGAAGAUCAGGCAGGGCAGAUGAACCCACACCUACCUGUCAUCAUCCUGGAGCCAUCUGGACUGGUCCGCACUCCGCUACUCACCGUUCAAGGCCUAGACUCCGUUCCGCUUCAGUUUGCGCAGCCGUUGGACCACCUGUCUGCUGGAGGUGCUCAAUCACACAAGCCCCUGAGCAGAGCACGCUCAGAACCCCUUCCUCAGAGUCCCCACGCGCUUCACACACAUCUCCUACAACAACAGCACAACACACAACUACUGGAGAGGCUCAAACAGCAGACACACCUGGGCAAGCUGAUGUCCAAGUCCAGUGAGAAGCCCAGAUUGCAUCAGAUACCUUCUGAGGAUAUGGACUCAGAGGACGGUGGCGGGACGUCACCCACGGAGCCAGCCUAUCACAGCAGAUGGCGGUCAGAGUCGCUGAGGGAAGUGGAGCCAUCAGCAUCCAAGACACAAGAGGAGCAGAUGAACCUGCAGCAUGCCCUCAUACUUAAUCAGUCGUUGCUAUGGGAACAGCAGAAGCAGCUGCAGCAGCUCCACCGACAAAUGGAGACCCUGGCAGUACCUGUGUUGCGUGGAGGCGGCGGGGCUGUUGGUGGCUUGGGCGUCCAUCGCCCCGUGUUCCGUACGCAGUCUUCCCCAGCCUCCACCUCUCUCACUCUGCCAGAGAAAACCCUCAAUCUUCCUGCACAAGACACCAGCAGCAAGCCACGCUUCACCACUGGCCUCGUCUAUGACUCUCAAAUGCUGAAACACCAGUGUACCUGUGGAGAUAACAGCAGUCACCCAGAGCAUGCUGGGAGGAUACAGAGCAUCUGGUCCCGACUACAGGAGAGAGGCCUGAAGGGACAGUGCGAGAGUAUCCGCGGCCGUAAAGCCACUCUGGAGGAGCUGCAGUCCGUCCACACGGAGCGUCACGUGUUGCUAUAUGGCACCAACCCGCUCAAUAGGCUCAAACUGGAUAACCGCAAACUGGCUGGGAUCCUGUCUCAAAGGAUGUUUGUGAUGUUACCAUGCGGCGGUGUAGGGGUUGAUAAUGACACCAUUUGGAAUGAGUCGCACACCUCCACGGCGUCACGUCUGGCAGCAGGAAGUGUCGUGGAGCUGGCGUUCAGAGUGGCCAAAGGAGAACUAAAGAAUGGCUUUGCUGUUGUCAGACCACCAGGGCAUCAUGCAGACCCCUCCAAUCCCAUGGGUUUCUGUUACUUCAAUUCUGUAGCUAUAGCUGCUAAACAGCUCCAACACAAGCUCAGCGUCAGCAAGAUCCUCAUUGUCGACUGGGACGUUCACCAUGGUAAUGGCACGGAGGAAGUGUUUUACAACGACCCCAGUGUUCUCUACAUCUCACUUCAUCGUUAUGACGACGGAAACUUCUUCCCCGGCAGUGGGUCUCCCGCUGAGGUUGGAUCUGGAGCUGGUGAGGGCUUUAAUGUGAAUGUGGCGUGGACAGGAGGACUGGACCCACCCAUGGGAGAUGCUGAAUACCUCGCUGCAUUCAGGUCUGUGGUGAUGCCGAUUGCUCAGGAGUUCUCUCCAGAUGUAGUUCUGGUGUCAGCCGGGUUUGACGCCGCCGAGGGAAACCCCGCUCCUCUAGGAGGCUACAAGGUCUCGGCCAAAUGUUUUGGUUUCCUGACCCGUCAGCUGAUGUCUCUAGCAGGAGGCCGUCUGGUUUUGGCCCUUGAGGGAGGUCACGACCUCACAGCAAUCUGUGACGCAUCUGAAGCCUGUGUCAGUUCACUCUUGGGCAUACAGGAACCGCUGCCGGAAGACGUCCUCCUCCAGAAGCCCAACGCUAACGCAGUCCGCUCCCUACAAACUGUCAUACAGAUACAAAGUCAGUACUGGCAGAGUUUGAAGGCCUACAGUGGAUCAGUGGGUCUGUCAUACAUGGCUGCUCAGAGCAGAGACUGUGAGGAAACGGAUGCUGUCAAGGCUUUGGCCUCGCUCUCUGUUGGAGUUCUUUCAAGCAAGAGCCUCCCUGAUGAGCCAAUGGAACAUGACAGCGACUCCGUGUAGGAAAACCCAACCAAUCACCUCGCAGAACGUUCAGAAGCCUCAGAUCUCCCGUGUUGUCAUAUGAACAUGAAGGGGACACAUUUUCAAAGCCACUGAGCCCCGACCUUCUUCACACAUACGCAGGCCAACGGAGACCCAAUGCUGAACCUCUACAGACCCGCCGUUUUGAGCACCUCAACCACUCAGCUGAAGCCAGCAGCACUACCUGCAGCUGAGUAACCUUCUGAAACCUCACCAAAGAGCAAUACAAGUUGAUUUCAAUAGUCUUCUCAUGUCUUCUUACUGACAUUGGACCGUGUGUGUGUGCGUAUUGUCAGGGCCACAGCCCUGUUACCACAAACCUUUGAGGAUCAGACCAAAAAUCAGAAGUGGACUUGAGCUCUGAUUCCUCUUUGAGCACCAGCAGCUGUUUUUGUUGCCUUACCUUUGCCUUAAUACCAACAUCAGAGGGAAACUUCAGAUCAUAAAUUCUUUCUGCCACAUUGCUUCUCAUAUCAGACUCGAACUGAGUGGGAUGAAAAACAAUGCAGAACAAAACUACUGUAUACCAUCAGGUAAAGGCAUAUAUGCUUGAUGGACACGAUGCAAACGUAGCACCAUGAAGAAGUGGCCCCAUCAUUAAGAAACAAGAUUCAAAAAAAGAGAGACCUAGUUGCUGCGUCUGCUAUAAUGAUGUCAUUACCUACAAUUUAACCACUAGAAGAAGACGACAAAGCAAAGAAGAGGAAACAAAGACACAAAACAAAGAAAGAACGGGCAGUUCUUCAUUGUUUUAUUGCACUGUUCAUUCCAUAAUGUGAACCAUGAGAAAUUCCAAAGCUCUGGGAAAGAAAAAAACAAACUUCUCCUCUCUGUAGAUAAUUGAAAGGUUUUUUGAAGAUUUGGAUGAAAUGUUGUUUGCUAUCUUUUUCCCACUCUUCAUCUGAGAUGUCUUAAAUGGUCUCUGACUGACUGUGGACACGUCUGGGCUGAAAUACUGUAGAGUUUAAUUCAUCUGAAAGUAGGCAAUAUUUUCAAAGCAGAAUUAUUAUUUACUGCUGUUCAGUGUCUUACAUUCAUGUGCAUUUAAAAGCCUACACACACACACACACACACACACACACACACACACACACACACACA